AUGGCCCCACCACAAGAAGCGUGUCAGGAAGUCCAAGCUAGACGUCCUGCCAAAGAUGAUGCGAAGACAAGCACACGGCGCUUCUACUGCCCAGAAUGCGGAGCGACAUUCGCCAGAUCUAGCCACAUGCGACGUCACCAAAGAACGAACCGCGCCGACAAGCCCUUUACAUGCAGAUAUUGUCCUUUGGCCUCAUCCAGAAAAGACGCAAUCAUUCGUCAUACCCGAUCCUUUCAUCCUGGCCAACCUCUGGAGUCUAGCUCCAACGAAAACGAGCAGAUUGACGUCGUCGAUAUCGAAAUCGGCGCGUCGCAUCAAUCUCCCUCUGGUGAUUGCAUCAUACCAGAAGACUUUGUUCGUAUGGGAGGACCAGUGGCCUCACAUAGCCCUAUUAUGGAGACUCAGUCAUCCAUUCAGGUGCCUCUUUCCCCCUCGCAUACGAAUUUGGGAAGCAUAGCUCUCAGCUCAUGGCUUCAAUCCAACGGGGGCAUCGCUGGUCUCACUCCAACUUCUCACGAGGAUCCUCUCUUACCCGGGCGAGAUACUCUUGGUUCGCCGCAAGUGGACUUUGGCCGUGCAUUUGAUCCACAAUUCUUCGAUUUUGACAUUCUCGCACCCUUGGAUCAGUUGGAGAUAUCGGAGGCAUGUUUCAAGAGAAAGGCUCAGACCUCUCUGGGAAUUACAUAUGAGGCUCAUUUACAAGCAAAGGCAAACCUGUCACGGAUUAAUGGACCAGAGAACCCUUCAAAUAUACACUUUCCUUCAAGACCUGCCAUGGUUAGGUUUGUGAAGGCAUACUUUACGCAUAUGGCCCCAUACGUACCCGUGGUACAUAGACCUACUUUUGACGUCUCUUCGCUCCCCCCGGUACUGUUGCUGGAAAUCAUGGCCUGCGGUGCUGUGUAUUCAAACGAGACAGAAGUGGCAAUGGCUAUGCAUAAUAAUGUACUCAAACUCCUUCUUAAAAGCGAAUUCACAUCUGCGUGUGAUGACGCAGGGAUUGAGCUCAAACUGUCGCGACUUCAGACCAUGCUGCUUGCAACUUACUUUGGACUUCUCAGCUGUGAUUCGUACUUAGAAGAGCGAGCAAGGUUCACUUUCCAUAGUGCGAUUGAGCUUGUGGAAGCAGUAAUCGAGAAGCCUGCAGCUCCCACGAUGGAGCCGCGGAGGGCCUGGAUAUAUCAAGAAACUAUGAGCAGAUGCGUUUCUUGCAGUAUAAUAAUAGCCUCGGGAUACUUCUCAACAUCGAUGAAACGAUCACUCAAUAUUCCGUACCUCGAUUCCAAGUAUCCACUACCUUGCCCUACCUCGCAGUGGUUAAGAGGUGAAGCCAGCGGGGAUACAUCUGAACCAGCCAUCUACAACUCCGAAGUAAUGGAAGGCAUAAUGCAGGGGAACAGGCCUCCUUCUGGACUCAGCGAGUACGCUUUUCUCGCCAUUCUCGACUUCGAGACAGGUGUAAAUUACUUAUGCAUCACUGCACCUUUACAAUUUGAUCCUCUAGAAAUUCACGCUUUUUGUGAGAGUGCUCUCCUUCUCUUCUGGUACCUCAUGAGCAAGAAAAUCAACCCGAAGAAAUUCGAAUGGCACCAAGACAUCAGUGAUACGGUAGAAGAAGUUCUAUCCGAGGGUCAAGGAUUUAGAAGUUGGGGGUCGAGUGGCGAUCCUGCCCCUGGCAGCUUGUGCCACGAUACUGGGUUCCUCCUCGGCAGUGUGGCGUCUUCCACCUGCUGUUUGUCGAGAUCUACAAAGGCUCAUUGCGCACGUCCAUGCUACCUAUCAAUCACCUCUGGAUCUGAAUGUAUGAGUCAAAGUGUUAACGGUCUCAAGGACACAGAGCAGCCCAAACACUAG